AUGACCAUCUUCAAAGACUUUUAUAUCUUCCGCGACUCGGCCCUCGCUUCCAACCUUGCUUCGCCCUUUUCAGUGGGUCCGGUAGAUAUUCUGAGGAAGUUGGAGACGAUUGGAAGGGCAAGGUAUACGGGUGACCACCAGUUCCAUCAUGACUUGUCGUUGGCGAUUAUUAGCCUUAAGGAUGCCCAUGCUUCUUAUGCUGCCAAAUGCUACAACAACUACCUUUUCUCACAGCCCUUGACUCUUUAUGCACCUGUUGUGAACGGUCAGCAGGUCAUCCAAGUCUACUCGGACUAUUCCAGCAGAAAUUACGACGGAUGUACGGUGCAAACCAUUGACGGAGAGGACGCAUUGACACAUAUCAACGCCUGGGCUGAUGCCAACAUGGACUUUGCCAAGGAUGCCGGCGUCCAACUGAACAAUGCCCUGGCGUCCCUGAAAUUCGAUCCUACCAGCAGAACAUUCGAGAUAGUCGACGGGGACUUUUCCUUGCGCACCAUGCUCCCCGAAAAGGCACAUAUUGACUAUGGUCUUGUCUGCCCCAACUCGACCACUGUUAUUCCUAUCCGAGACGCCUGGAGCAUUUUUCCUUUGACUGAGAUCGAGUUUAGUAGUAUCCAGACCUUUGUCCAGAACGUCUGUGAGACUCCUCCUAUCACCUCGAAUGGUUCCCGUAAGAAGCGCCAACUCUUUCAACCAGAAGAACAUCCUUUGAUCCCGCAAGUCAAGAAGAAUCCCUUCAAGCAGGCGAACAUCAUUGUCAACGAUGCUGCCGGUCUUCCUUCACAAGAACACAUCAAGUCCGCCGCCGUUUUUGGUACCCCCGGUCAAGCAGCAGUCGUCUACCGCCUCGAUCAGAGACCUGAUGUGGGUGUUGUCCACGUCUGGACUCACGACAUGGAUGACGAUAUUGCAGAGUUGACCAAUCUUGCCAACAACCUUGUUACUCUCUCCCAGAACGGCGUCCGCAACAUCAUCAUUGACUUUCAGGGCAAUUUUGGCGGUCUCGUCAGUUUCGCCUCGACAUUGGUCCAGCUGUUCUUCCCGAACAAAGGCCCUCUCGACAAGACCUUCACCUCCAGCCUUCGUGUUACAGAGUCGAUCCAACAGCUGUCAACCGCGUUGUGGAACUCUUCCAGUAGCCUCUAUGACGCGACAAGCUUUUACGACUAUGCGGGUCGAAACCUCUACACCGAUAACGACCUCUUCAUGAACGCGACCACUUCGAUCCGCAACGGCCGUAGCGCCAACUACACCGAGACCACCACUUUAAAGCCCACUGUCCUCUCAGCUAUCCAAGAAUUGGCCUCCUUACCUUGGACAAACAAUGCCUCCAACAUCCGUCUCCUAACCGACGGCCGCUGCGGCUCCUCCUGCUCCAUGUCAACCUUCUUUCUAACUCAAUUCAACAAGGUCAUCUCCUACGCCGUCGGCGGCACAUUCGGUGAACCCCUCUCUUCCUCCUCCUUUCCCGGUGGUGCUGUCACGUCGCUGAACAAGGUGUACGAUUUAUAUGUUGCUGCGAAUGUCCCCAGUCCGUUCAAGCCCUUGCCAUAUAAUGGAGAUGUCCGGUACCCGGCCUUGGAGGUGUUUGCGCCUGGUAGUAAUGUGCCACUGGAAUAUGAUACAAAGUACUUUGGGUCGGAUUAUCGGUUGGAUUAUACUCCGCAGAACUCCAAGAGGCGUGAAGUGAUGUGGGAGCAGGUCGCUGCCUCUGCCUGGCCAUUAUAA